CGCCGGGGUUGAUCUGACCACUGUGCAUAGAGGUGCGUGCAGGCCAUAGAGAGGUCGAAAGAAAGACGAGGGAUAGUUUGCAAGCUACCACACUACAAGAGCAAGCGGCAGCAGAAGGGCCAUCCCGUGUGAAGAGGGCAAAUCAAGCAUACCAACCAAAACGCCAUUCUGAAUGGUCCUCAAUGGCUACAACAAUCAAUCAAGCAAGAACAUCCAUUUUCAAAAUGUUUAAUGGAGAGCCCCGUUCGUACACACGCUUCAACUUGGCCCAAAACUCAGAUGCGGACAGUAGCCAAGUGGAGAUGAAACUGUCAUCGGAUGUUGACGAUGAAGUUGGAAACCCCGAAGAUGGUCAAGCCCGUGUCACCUACACGCAGAGUCCUCUACGUACCUACAAGAACAUCUGUUACCUGGCCCUGGGCACUUUGGUGGUCUUCAUCUUGGGUUAUCUUGUUGGUUAUGUCAGUCAUCGUAAACCAGACGUGGCGUCUGCCGCCUGCCCCACUGUGCCUACUGAGGAAGGUCAGGAUGAAGGGCUGGAGGUUGCACCCCUUCCGAGAAUGAAUUGGAAUGACAUCACCAACCUUCUGGAACAGAAGCUGUCCCCUAGUGCCUUCUCUACUAAAUUCAGUGACUUCUCCCUCCCAAGGGGCGUAAGCCAUGAGGCAGGAAGUGAUGGAGAUAACAAGCUUGCUAAUAAAGUCUUGGGUGUGUUCAAGGACUUGAACAUGAAGUCCUGGAAUGAUGAGCAUUUUGUCAAGCUACCACAUCCAUCCAGUGACAACCCAAAUAAAGUUAUUUUUGGUACUGAAGUAAUCGGAACAACCAAAGGUUACUUGGCUUACAGUGAAGUUGGAACUGCAACGGGCAGAGUGGUGUAUGCAAACUAUGGUACACUAGAUGAUUUCUUAUAUUUAGACAAGAAGGUAGAGGUCAACAGCAGUGUCCUGCUGCUAAGAGCUGGCAACAUCAGUUUUGCAGAAAAGGUUGCUAAUGCUGCUAAAUAUGGGGCAGUGGCAGUGCUGAUCUACCCUGAUCCUUCUAACUACAACUUUGCAGGCUCCACAGAACUUUACGGACAUGUCCACUUGGGCUCUGGAGACCCCUACACACCAGGGAUGCCAUCGUUUAAAAACACCCAGUUCCCCCCUGCUAGGUCUUCAGGCCUCCCUACUAUUGUAGCACAGACAAUUACUGCAGAUAUAGCCCUCAAGAUCUUCCAGAAGAUGGGAGGUGAUCCUGCUCCCAAUUCCUUUAAAGGCUCCCUCGGGACACCAUACAAACUGGGCAGUGUAGAUAACGUGGUGACUGUGACUGUCAGCAGUACUCUCAAUGAAACAGCCAUCCACAACAUAUUUGGUGUAAUCAAGGGAAAUGAAGAGCCAGAUCGUUAUGUUGUCAUUGGUGCACAGAGGGACUCCUGGGGCCCGGGUGCUGCAAAGUCCACUGUGGGCACCACUGUGUUGGUGGAGCUGGCCAGAGCAAUCUCUGAGAUGACCAGAAACGAUCACCUCAGCCUCAGGAGGAGCCUUGUUUUUGCCAGCUGGAGUGCUGGCGAGUAUGGAAGCGUUGGAGCUACUGAGUGGCAGGAGGGGUACUUGUCAUCUCUGAACAUGAAAGCCAUCACCUAUAUCAAUCUGGAUGGAGUUGUUAUAGGUCGUCAGAAGUUCAAGGCCUCUGCAAGCCCAUUGUUAUAUGAUCUACUGCAGAAGUCUUUGAAGCAGGUGAAGAGCCCAUUUAACACUGGCAAGACUCUGUAUGAUGAUCACGCUGCAUCAAACUGGGAAACCUCUAUACUUGAAGCUAUGAAAAUGGAUGAUGCUGCUUACCCCUUCAUGGCUCUUUCUGGCAUCCCAUCUAUCUCAUUCCGUUUCUGUGGGGAGUACCCGUACCUCGGAACCACCCUGGACACAUUUGACCACCUUCAGGCUUCCACAAGCUACAAGUAUGCUGAAUUGGCAGCGGCAGCUGCGAAUGUAGCUGGUCAGAUGGCCCUACGACUGGCUCAUGACCACCUGGUGCCCCUGGAUGUGGCACGAUCCGGAACUGAGAUCAGGAAGAAAGUGACUGACAUCAACAGACGUGUCAACCAACUCAAGAAUGCUCUGGGGUUGAAUUCGACUCUGGCUAAGGGUUUGUCUGUCCAAUGGCUAAACAUUGCCAUCGGCUCCUAUGGCCGUGCUGCCCGUGAUCUCCAGUACACCAUUGAUAACAGCGACCUGGAAAACAUGGAAAUGCGUCGCAUCAUCAAUGACCGCAUCAUAAAGGUGGAGCAUAAUCUGCUCUCUCCCUAUGUGUCUGUGAGAGAUGUGCCUUUUCGCCACAUCCUCUUUGGCUCAGGAUGUCACACAAUCCAAACUCUGCUGGACCAUCUUGAUGCCCUCAAACAGAAUGCUCCGGAGUCCGAUGCCGAUCUCUUCCGCAACCAGUUUGCCUGGGCUACCUGGACAAUUCAGAGUUGUGCCAACGACCUCGCAGGUCCUGUCUGGGAAAUUAAUAAUGAAAUCUAAGUUUGUUUGUGAUGACAUCAUGAAAGUGUGUUAAACCUAGUCCUCCAGUUUGAUCAAGAAAAACAUUUUUUCCAUUUUUUUGCACUCGAAGUAGCACUUAAUGAAUUUAUCUAGAACAUUUGAUUUUGGCUGUCUCAUUGCUUCAGUAGAGCAACAUAAGACAUAAGAAAAUAUUCAAACAACUUAGAUAACUUACAUGCAGCAUAUCGGCAUUUAAUUUGAGACGUUACAUUACAUUUCACUAUAAAUUCAUGGACAAAAUUGUACUAAAUUAUGAAGAAAAAAUUAGCUAAUAUUUUAUGAAAAACUGAACUGUUCUGACAAGACUACUCUCAUCUUGAAGAGAAGUACCUAUUUUUUGUUACAUCAGUCAUAAAACUGCACUGAAGUUCCAUAGAUUAGUCAAACUUUAAUCUGUCUUUGUGCAGCUUCACCCAAGUUGCGACAUUAACCUGCUGUAUCAUCAGAUUCAUGUUUUUGUUGGGGUGUUUUUUCUUUUUUUGUAUUUGGAAGGUCAGUUUGAUGCAAAUGAGAUUUCUGACACUGGCUGAUGAUGGGGGAUUCACAACCAGCCUCAUUGCCUUUUAGCACUGGUCUGAGACCCCAAAAACCAAAGCCCAGGUUGCUUAAUGGGGGGGCCACUCUGCCUUCGCCAUGUUCUAAUGCAUCAACCCUACCCUUACCCAUAUGAAUUGUAUUUAUUAUCUAUUUAUUUAUCAGUGGCAGUGUUCACUAUAAAUAGUAUUUCUAUUUUAUUUUACAAAAUUAUCGGAAGCAGUGCCUUCCAUAAUUGUGACGGUUAUACUGUCGGUUUAUAAAAGCAGCAUCUGCUAUGGAAAUACAUGUUACCAACAACUGUAACUAGAAACUGGUCAAGGGUGCUUGAUAUGGAGGGUCUACCCAACACUAAAGUUGAUUUUUAAUUGCACGUGGUUGUCUGAAGAGUGCCACGUUGGCAGUUGUCUUGAAAUAUGACCACAAGCCAAGUGUCAAGGGCACAAUGGAGGUUAGAGUGAAUGUAAGAAAAUUUAGUUAAUAUUGUAAACUGAAAGUCAUUUGGAGCUACCUGAUCUCAAAUUGCCAAUUCUCGUCUUCACUUUGAUGGGGAUACGAAAAGUUGAACAACUUUUCCUCAACUGAUUAAGCCAUUUCUGUGAUCAAGCAAUUUUUGGAACAUUGAUAUUUUCUGAUCCCAAAACAUUAUCGGGAGCAGUGUCUUCCAUAAUGUGAAGUGUUGAAGGUAGUUUUUGCCUACCAGCGUGUAUAUAUCGGGGGCAGUGUUCCUCAUAUUUCACUUGUAGGGUGGAUAAACUUAUCGGGAACAGUGUUUCCCAUAGUUUUUAUAUAUAUUUAUUGUUUUUCAUUUUUCUGAGCGUUGUUUUGCUGUGUGCAUUUCUUAAUGAUUUUGUUCCUUUAGGUCUGUAAUGUUUAGUGUUAACUAACUUGUCUAUUGUGUUGUUACAAAUCAGUUGUGCAUCCUUUGGUGUUUACCAGGCUACAAAGUGUAUUUUGACUAAAACAUAAUUUCUUACAUGGAAGACUUGAUGUGAUAGUUACACGCAUGCUCUGUAGCUCUGUUUUUCUAAAGAAAACAUAAGAGGUAAUCAAUAGUUCGGAGAAUUUUCAAGUUUGUCUUUAAUCUUAAGGCAUACCUCUGUCCAUAUUCAGACAUGUAACAGUCUUUCCUGUGUUUUAUCUAAUUUCAAGUCAUUAUUCAUAUAAUGAAUUACUGUCUGUUAAUAGUAAAGACCAAAUAUUUUCUGAAAUAUAUUUGAUGUAUCUUCAGUGGUCAUUGACUAGUUCAUGCCAGGGGUUUGCUCAUGUAAAAUGUAUGCUCAUACCUAUAAUGUACAUUUUAAUCUGCUGUUUCUUUCUGGACUUGCACGCUCUUUUGCUUGUAUGUGGAUCUCUGCGUAUUCUCUGCUCAUUAAAUGCAAUUAUAUUAUUGUAGGGAUAAAUCUUUUUGUUUUUUUUUUACUGUAAAAUUGACAUUGGUAUUUGGAUCUCAAAUUUCAAAAGGUUAUAAGAUGAAAAUGUGAUAUGGGAAAAAAGUAAAUUGAGGAGAUAAAAAAGUAGGACCUUUUCUGUCGCUUAUUUAAUAAACUUGUUCAACUUUA